AUGGCAACCAGUGAUAAAAAACAUGUAAUGUUAUCGUAUCAGUGGGAUAAUAAAGAAUUAGUAUCAGGGAUUUAUAGUCGUUUGAAAGCACAAAAUAUUCGUGUCUGGAUGGAUAUUCAAGGGGGAAUGAAGAUACAUUUAGCUGAAAGCAUGGCUGAAGCAGUGGAAAAAGCUGCUGUUAUUUGCUGUUUUUUAACACCCAAAUAUCAAGAGUCUAAAAACUGUAAACUUGAAUUGCAAUAUGCCAUUGGUCGAAAUGUUCCAGUUAUACCGUGUAUGAUGUGUGCCGACUAUAAACCAUCAAACUGGCUUGGUAUUACAUUAGCUGAUGUUAUUUGGCUUAACUUUCGUCAACUGUCAAAUGAUAAUAUGGAUUUGAAAGUGGCCGAGUUGAUCGAUCGAAUUCGUCUAUGUGUGGGUGAUAAAUUCGAUUUAUUAUUGGAUCAACAGAUUUCGGUUCAAAAAGAUACUGAACGAAAACCAGGACGAAUAAAAUCAGCAACUGUUGGUGAGACAAAAAAUAGAUUAGUAUCGAAGCGUCCGCCGUCAGCCCUACACAAAUUAUCCACUCAGACCAUUCCCGAAACACCUUUUAUUGAUUACAAAGUUGAUUAUAGCACCAAAAUAUCAAAGCCAGUUCGUGAAGGACCAGAAAUACAUAUCGACAACGUUGGUGAUCGUAAACUAACAAAAUAUAAAUGUGAAGAUGAUUCAAUUGUGCGUUUAAUACUUGGUAGUAAUACAUUGGUGACAUGUAAUCAAGAAUGGUUUAGUCGUGAUCAAAAGUUUACAAAUUAUUUUUUUAUACCAAAAAUAACAUUUUCAAAUACCAGUGAUAAACCAGUGUCUAUUAUUGAAGUGAAAGGUGAAUAUGAAGAUCACGAUCAUUCAUGGAAACAAUGUAAAGAUGUUAAAAUUGGUCCAACAACAAAUGAUAAUGAAUACAAAUGGAAUGGUGAUACGAUCGUUAAUUUAGCAGCGCAUACAUUGAUCGGCUUUGCUGUUCGAUUAGAUAUUGAAAUAAAUGGUAAAUCAGGCAUUGAUAAUAUCCGACGAGCAAGAGCACACAAAAGUUUACCACAACCGCUGAAACUGAAAAUAAUAGUGGAAGAUACGGAUAAUAAAGAAUGUAGUUUAAUUGUUGAACAACAAAAUAUAGCGCUUGAAUUACCAACAAAAGAAAAUUGUAUAUCUCACUGGACGGAAAAAGAUAGUAAUGAUGGACUUCGAGAAAUGAUUGCAUUUGUUUAUGCCGAUGAUUGUGAAACAGAUAAGCGUACAUUUAUUUCUAUGUAUAUCGCUAACGAUGGAAAUAUAAAUAUUCGUUGUGGCAACGAUGUCGGCCGUAGUGGACAAAUUUGGUAUUUAGGUAACGAAAGAGUAAAAUCCUUACAAUCGGAUGCUAGAGAAAAGAAUGUUAAUGAAAUCCCCAUCGAAGAGCAACAUGGAAAUGUACUAGCCCUGUUUGACCCAGAAAACGGAUAUAGACUGUACGCAAUACGAAUUGAAAUAACAACUGGAACAUCAAAAACCGUUGAAACGUUGUUAUUACCAUCAGUGACGUUAGCAAAAUUGGAGUAA